UCUCUAUGCUAUGCAGGCCUACACACACAGCAUAGCACGUUGGUGGGUGUGAUAACUACGGGCUGAAGUCUACAGCGGCGCUUGCCUGUCAGUGCCAGUGACGUGGAGAAGCAGAAGUCAAGCAACUCUUCUGAUUUCUCAAGACAAUAGAAGAUUCGAAAUAGGUUUUUAUUGUCUACUUGGCUUCGCGGGCAACCUUUCAAAGUGGACCUUAUUGCGCCAGCGAACGAAGGACGUGGCUUCACAGGGAGAGGGGAAAAUGCAAAAAAGCUUCUCAGUUUAUGACAGUGAUGGCUCAAAAUUUGCCCCUCUGGUGGUCAUCGAGUUGGUUUCGGAAACCAAAGAGGAAGCCAUCGCAUGGUUACUAAACAGGGUCAGAGACAAGCAGCAAGAUGGAGGGGCUGAGCUGCUGGUGGAGCAGCUGACUCCAGGGGCCCAGGGCACGGAGAAGGACAACCCCAAUGUGUAUGUGGUGGGGGCCUCCUGGCAAAGGCUCCUAUGCGGAGCUGAGGACGUGGGCCUCUUCAAGGAGUUCAACGAUGGCUCCAUGAGAGGCUUCACGUAUGCCAACAAGCACAACUUCAAAGAGUUCCAAGGUGAUGGGGACGGUUUUCUGAGCAUGGCAGAGUGUCAAUACAUCAUAAAACAUGAACUGGACAACCUGAGGGCCAAGGAUGAGGCCCACGUGCCUGGAUAUCCUAAAAUGAAACUGUAUCCAGGGAAGUCAGUCAUACGCAGAAUGCAAUCAAAGGGGAUCCUUGUCCAAGUUUUCCCUCUGCAUGAGAAGGAGGAACUCAAGAGGCUUUCCUUUUCCUGGUUCAAAAAGAUCAAGUUGUCCUUCCAGCCUCUUGAUGACAUCAGGCACUACUUUGGUGAGGGUAUGGCACUCUACUUUGGUUUCCUGGAGUACUUCACCUUGGCCCUGAUCCCCAUGGCCCUCAUAGGGAUACCAUAUUACCUCUUCGACUGGGAGGACUACGACAAGUUCACGGUGUUCGCUGGCUUCAACCUGGUGUGGUGCACGGUGAUCCUGGAGUUGUGGAAGCGCCUCAGCGCUUCGCUGGCGUACGGCUGGGGCACCCUGAGCAGGAAGAAAGCCUUCGAGGAGCCGAGGCCGGGCUUCCACGGCGUCUUGGGCGUCAACCCCGUCACGGGGCGGGCGGAGCCACUCUAUUCAAACGCCAAGCGUCAGCUGAGGAUCUACCUGGUGUCUGUUCCCUUUGUGCUGCUGUGCCUCUACCUGUCUCUGUACGUCAUGAUGAUCUACUUUGACAUGGAGGGCUGGGCCUUGAUGAUCCAUGAUGAGGAGCCUACCUUCUGGACGGGACUGCUACUUUUUAUCCCCAGUAUUAUCUACGCUGUGGUUAUAGAGAUCAUGAACCUCAUAUACCGCUAUGCUGCAGAGUUCCUCACUGGCUGGGAAAACCACAGGCUUGAGUCAACAUUUCAAAAUCACCUGGUCCUUAAAGUAUUGGUGUUCAACUUCUUCAACUGUUUUGCCUCCCUAUUCUACAUUGCCUUUGUGAUGCAGGAUAUGGUGCUUCUCAGACAGAGUCUGGCCACGCUGCUGAUAACGUCUCAGAUCCUGAACCAGAUCAUGGAGGCCUUCCUGCCCUACUGGCUCCAGAGGAGGAGGAACAAGAAGGCCCAUAAGAGGAUGAUAAAAACCAUGGGAGACCAGGAGCUGCCCCUCUCUGAGCAAGUCAAGCUUGAGGCAGACAUGAGCACCUACCUGGGAACAUUUGAUGACUACCUGGAGCUGUUCCUGCUGUUUGGCUAUGUCAGUUUGUUCUCCUGUGUCUACCCUCUGGCCGCGGUGCUGGUGGUGCUCAACAACGUCACAGAGGUCUACUCGGAUGCCUUCAAGAUGUGCAAGGUGUUCAAAAGACCCUUCUCUGAGCCUGCAGCCAAUAUAGGGGUGUGGCAGCUUGCCUUUGAGGCCAUGAGUGUGAUCGCCGUGGUGACCAACUGUGCCUUGAUUGGCAUGUCCCCCCAAGUCAAGUCCUAUUUCCCGGAGUCAGAGACACAGCUCAUACUGUGGGUGGUGGGCUUCGAGCACUUCCUCUUGGCCUCCAAGUUCAUCCUGACCUUUGUGAUCCCAGACGUCCCCAAACACAUCCAGAUCAAACUGUCACGUCUGGAGUUUGAGUCCCUGGAGGCUCUGAAGAAAAGGAAAAUGCUGGAGGCCUCGGGGAUCCCAAAAAAUGAUAAGUGAUGAGAGAAGAGGCCGAUCCUUCAGAUACUGACAAUACGAAGAUGGGCUAAACUCCAGAUGGAAGAUGCCCUCCAAAUGAAGAAAGAUUCACUUCAGACGGAUAUCUUUACAACACUUCAAUUAGCUCAAAGCAUAUUUAUGCAUAAAAUAUCAAAAAGUUUUUUUAUUUUAUAUAUAUAUAAACGGUUGGUUGUUAAACCUGGUUUUAUGCUCUUAACCUCUGCACUGUUGCCAGGUAUUUCUGUUGUUUUGCUGAGUGUAGUGUAUUACCUGCAGAUGUCUAUAGAACAUUACUGAAUCUGAUUAAAACAAUCAUGAAGACUAGCCUCCCUCUAAAGAUUCAGAUCUGACCAGAGAACAAGACUUUGUUAAUGUCCUCCGUAAACCACUGUUGUAAAUGCAUUGCUACGUACAAAUGUAUGUUAAGGUAGGGCGAAUGAAAGAAAUACUGUCAAGUGUCAACAUCUGGCAGGCAAGCGAAUGAUGCGCGCAUAAAUUCAAUAGCUAGUGAUUUUAUCUUUCAUUUGGGCUGAGCAAGUAGCCUACAGGAUUCAUACAGACAUUGGGAAGUCAAAUUCAAUAACUUUUUAAGCAAUUAAUUGUAAUUUUCAAGGACCUACAUUUUUAUAUUGAAUUGUUGUCAUAGCCGAUAGAAAAAAAUCUCCCCAAAACUAGUAAGCAAAAAAGUAUGCAUGAGAACUUAGAGAAUAAUACAUGUUUUAUAAAAAAAUAUUUUACAUUCUAAAACAUGUCAGAAUAAAGCGGACAUUGCCUGACUAAAUAGACUGUAUGUAGAUGCUCCCAACACAAACACACUAAUGAAGUCUGUGGCAGCUAGUCAGUCUCACCAUUUGAAAUGUUGAGGAGUUAAUGAUAAUUAAUAAUCAUGUUUUAAAACAAAGUGAGCAAAAAUCGGGUUCCCUUUGUAACGGAACGAUUUGUAUGGAAAACCAAGUUGAAGCCAACAUUCCAAUGGGUGUCUUGCUCAUCACUGCACGUGAUUUUACCGCAAAGAUGGCAACAGACCUGCGCGGGAAACAAAUGAAAACUGAUAGAUCUCUCUCAAAAACUGAUCAGAAAUUAAAUCAAGGAAUAAUUAUAUUGCAGUGAAACUUCUAAAUUGGCUACCUUCAAUGACUUUUCUAAGACCAAAUAGCCUCGAAGAAAUGUCUGAUUAUCAAGUUAGGCUAUUCUAGCAAAUAAUCUACCAAGACGGAACUUUAUUGCAGGUCUGCAUACCCAUUCUUGCCUCAGCAUUUAUUGGUAUUUAUCAUAACUUUGAAGAUGUUUCCUACCGCUGUCGGUCUUCAGUGAGCUGCUCCACACAACAAUCUCAAGCUAGGCUUAAUGUGUAGUUUACGGCGCGCAUGUGAUAAAUAAUCAACAUAACGAACUCACAGCUUCAGGAAUUCUUUAUUAUAUAGCCUAGAUUAAAUAUAGCAUUUUUACAAUAUUUUUUUUUCACUGGCCCAAGUGGCCACUGACGGGGAUGAUCAACUGGCCCAAGUGGCCACUGACCGGGAUGACCAACUGGCCCGGAGGGUUUCCAAAACCUACCCGGGCCAGCGGGCAGCCCUGAAUGUCAGGCCCUGGUUAAGGUGUUAAAUAAUAGGUCAUUGAAGGUGUAUGGAUGCGGUUGAAGGUAAUAUGCUGUGUUACAUAGACUUCAUAUUCAUAUGGCCAUUAUGGAAUUGGUGGAGGCGGUUCAGUUUGAGAUAGAUGGCCUAUGGUAAUUAUAUCCAGACAGUAUUCCACCAACAGGUGACAUGAAUUACUUUUCAAAAAUAGGUUUGCACAUUAGACAGAGUUUUAGACCAACAGCUUAACUUAAAAGCCACUAUAGUCCGUUAUGGGGCAGGGCUACAUCCAGUAUCAGUAGGUCUGUCAGAGACGUUAUCUAAGUAGAACUGCUUUCAAAAUGGAGGACUAAACACGUGAAAGUCUUACGAAUUCUGGCAUAAUUAUGUGCUCUAUAGCAUUGAGGUCCUUGAAACGUUUACAUAGUAUUGCCAGAGUAUAAUAUAUGCCAUUUAGCAGACACUUUUAUCCAAAUUGACUUAGGCAUGCGUCAUGCAUACAUUUUACGUAUGUGUGGCCCCAGCAGGAAUCAAACCCACGAUCCUUGGCGUUGCAAGCACCAUGCUCUACCGUCGGAGCCACAGAGACACACAUCCAGGGUAUUAUCUGAUCCGUAGUGAUACUACACAUGGAGAUAGGAAAGAUCGCAUUAUCGAUGGUGAUGCUUCAGUAUGCUACAGAGAAAUUGUAAAGACUGGAAUGGAAUUAAUGGAACAUAUCGAACACAUGGAAACCAUGUUUGACUCCGUUUAACUGAUUCCAUUCCAUCCAUUUCAAUGAGCCCAUCCUCCUAUAGCUCCUCCCACCAGCCUCCUCUGUAUCAUGAAGCAUGGUAUGCUACAUAAUGUUAAAUACUCCUCACAGCCUGCAACUAUCAUGGUCAUUGUUACUCAGUCUAAUCAAUGACUGUCAAUCAGAAGUAGUGAUACUUAGAAUGUAUGUGAGUGGAAAUUAAUUGAUUUCUUUUUAAGUUGUUUAUGCUAUUAGUCCAUGCGCUGUUGAAGACCCCCUCAGAGCGGGCUUGUGCCUUUGACAUGACAUGCGAUGCUGUCAUUAUUUGUUUUAUAUGCUAUAUACUGUACAUACACUCACUACAGUUUGCCAUCACAAUAUCACUAAGUGUAUAAAAAUGGUUCAGAACAGCAUUAUUGAAACCAAACAAACCUAGCAUCCUUUUCCUCAAAUAAAUCUAUACAAAAAUCUUUCACA